AUGAGCCCGGACGGCCUGUUGCCCCUCACGUCUCCGGGCGCUUCGUGGCGGUGGUGGCUGUUGGCGGCUCUCCUGACUUUCCCCUUCCCCGCCUUCCUUCCAGUGAUCCAGUUCUUCGACGCCGUCAAGGCGGAUCGCACGCGGAGCUGGCUCUACGCCGCUUGCUCCCUCUCCUACCUGGGCGCUAUGGUUUCCAGCAACUCGGCUCUGCAGUUCGUCAGCUACCCGACUCAGGUCCUAGGCAAAUCCUGUAAGCCUAUUCCAGUCAUGCUUUUAGGAGUGACUUUGCUGCGGAAGAAGUAUCCCCCGGCCAAGUAUCUCUGCGUCCUCUUGAUAGUCGCAGGCGUGGCCCUGUUUCUGUACAAACCUAAAAAGGGGGCUGGGAGCGAUGACCACGUCUUUGGCUAUGGAGAGCUCCUUCUGCUGCUGUCACUGACCUUGGAUGGGCUGACUGGUGUGUCUCAGGACCACAUGAGAGCUCACUACCAAACGGGUUCCAAUCACAUGAUGCUGAACGUUAAUCUGUGGUCCACCUUGUUCCUGGGGGCUGGGAUAUUGUUCACUGGAGAGCUCUGGGAGUUCUUGAGUUUUACGGAACGCUACCCCAGCGUCAUUUACAACAUCCUACUGUUUGGCCUGACGAGUGCGCUGGGUCAGAGUUUCAUUUUCAUGACUGUGGUAUACUUCGGACCUCUGACCUGUUCCAUCAUCACCACGACCCGCAAGUUCUUCACCAUUUUAGCCUCCGUCAUUCUGUUUGCCAAUCCCAUCAGUACGAUGCAGUGGGUGGGGACGGUCCUGGUGUUCUUGGGCCUUGGACUUGAUGCCAAAUUUGGAAAGGGAGUAAAGAAGACAUCGCAUUGAGGAGAUGGUUGAUCUCUGCAGCUGGAAUGAACUUUUAAUUUAUUGUCUUGUACCUCAAAAUCUGUUAUGAAACUGGACUCAGGAUAGGUAAUCAGAAGGAGAGUGUUUGGAUUUUUUGUGUUAUAGUUUUUUAAUUCUAAAUCGUCUUAGAAGUGUAAUACUUUAGUUUUAACUGUAAUUAAGCUUCCCCCCACCCCCCCGUAAUCAAAGCUGCGUUACUAGAUCCUAGCAGCAGGAUGAAACUCUUGCCUUAACAGGAAAAAAACUUCAUAUCUUUAUUAAAGAAAAAGAGACAAUGGCCGCUUUUCCAGAACUUUAAUUUCGGUCUCGUUGGCUGAUCUUGGGGAGAAACAGCACACCUCUCUCCCAGGAGAGGGCUAGUCGUAGAAUUCCGCUAGUUCUUUGGUGUGGCCUGGAAAGAUCCCUGGAUUAAAGGCCCGUGUUGAAGACAACCCCCUCUUCUCAUUGGCUGUAUGAUUUUCUUUUUUCCGUAACUGAGUUGGUGGAGCAGCCGGUUGGAUGCUCUUCCAUUGAAAUAAUAUGCGUAAACAUGGAGACGCAUUAUAUCCUUCGUCCGAGCCCUUCUAGAACAGAAGCAACUCUUGGCAUAUGUAAAAGUUUACAGGAAACCUGUUUAACCAGUGGGGCCCAAAUUAAUUCUUUUCAUCCCCCCCCCCUCUGGUGAAGGAACAGGACCCUCUGCUGCUAAAACCACGCCAAGGUUGCGCGACAGCAGUGUCUGCAUGUUGCAAAGGCCCUCGUUAAUUAACCACCCUCACGGCCAGCUUUCCAACACCCGCUCCUGAGCGCAGGCUAGCUCCCCGGUGUUGCGUGGGGAGGAGUUGUUAUCAUAAUGAUGCCUUCAGAGUUGGAGAGCAAAAUUCUCCAAAGAGCAAACUUUACACAUGAAAGCAUGUUUCUACCAGCUGUCGCUUGGUCUCCAUCUGUUCGGUGGCUUUGGCCUUUUGCCCCUCCAGAUGGGAUCUUGAUCUCUUUCCUGAGCGGCUGUUGUAAGUCUCUCUCUCCCUCUCUCUCUCUCCCCCCCCCACCCCUCCAGUGUUUUCUUACAACUUUUUUGGCCUCAAAUUUGGUUUUCAUUUAAUCUGUCUCACUGUCCUGUAGUUCUACUCAAACAACACAUUUCUUGCAAAAUUAAACCCUAGGCUAUUAAAGGGUCUUUCUCUGUCAGCUUCACCUCUUUGCUAACUUACAUUGUCUUAAAGGUCAAGUGAUAAGUAGCAAACAAACAUGUUCUCAGUAGUAGGGAAUCCUGAAGUAAAAGCUUCUGUGGCUUAACUCCGUGAAUGCUGCCUGAUGAACACCAUGUGCUGGCAUCUGCUACUGUACGGUGGGGAUCCUGGCUCCCCCGAAGACAGUUAUGCCUCCCGGUGUCUCUAAGGUAAUGAAUACUAUUUCCAUUUUAUAAAAGGGAGAAGAGAAAUUGCCUGACUCGUUCAUGAACACUGCGGCAGAGAUAAGAAUUAAUUCUUUUGUGCGUCUUAAUCACAAAACUAUCCUUCCUCUGUGUUUAUAGGACUUGCGCUCCUCUGUCUCUUGGCACUACCUUAAAUUUAACCGAUUCUCAAACUCGGCAACCAAAAGCAGCAAAAAGAUUCUAGGCGAGCUCUCAAUUCCAUUAGUUUUGCAGACUUGUUUUCCCUUCUAUUAGUAAUCUAAUGUAGGAAUAGACCCAGCUCCCCCGUCACUGUGCAAAUACAAACGCCUGAAAAAUGUGUUAUAAAUCACGCCCUCAGCCAUCCACUUCCUGGUGAUAAUCUUGGAAUUUCUGUUCAAACAUGUCGCCUGUUAAGGCUAUUUGAGUCACUGCUGCUACAAACCGCUACUCUGUUCUAGAGCGUGUGCUACAAAUCAAAGGGCAAUCACUCCUAUUUUGACUCCACAGAAGCAGAAUCGCUUAUUAGCGGUAAUUCUAUACUGACUAAAGCUCUUGAGAAAGUAUAUCAUCAGAAACUGAGGGACUGAGAUAGCAGCAGCCUUUCUCCGCUGCGCUGUCAGUCUGUUAUCGGCAAUCUCCUUUUUAUUUACAGCAUCUCAAGCCAAAUUGCCUCGUUGGUGGACAUGCUGGAAGACUGCUCUUCCUGAACUCUCCUCCCCCCUUUGCCCUGGGUCUAGGUGUAGCUCUAGGAGAGACAGUGUCUUAAAAAUGAAAGAAAGACUUCAUUGUUAAUUUUUUCCUUAACCGUUGAAAAGAAGCCACCAUAGUUUCAAGGGAAAUUUUGCUCAAACCCACGGGCCUGUCCCCUUCCCCACGCUGCAGCAGCCUAGGCGACCGGCAGAAAGAAGAAAGCUGGGAGCUUCCUAGGGUCUAUUUUCUAAGCCAGGAUCUGUCUUUACCAACAUCUUCAACUUGUCUGUAUUCAGAGCACAGAUUUAAAGAUCAGUCUGCCAAGAAGAAAGAAAAUAAAGGAGAUUUUCUCUCUCCUGAUUGCUGCAGGCUCCCUUGACCCACUUUAGCUCUAAAGCCUGUUCCUGGUGUUGCUCCAGCUUGGUUUUUGCUGCACCUCCAACUCUUAGUCAAUCAGAAUUUCUUAAAACAAAGGCAGCUCUUGUACCUACCUUAAGUCUGAAUCCUUUGGAUUUCCUUGGACAGCUUGCUGUCUUCUCUCCAGACCUCACGUACUGCGAGAUCCCAGAGGAGUCUACAAAAGCAAUUCGAGAGGCUAUUUUCAAAUCAGCGCUGGCUUUUCUUCUUGGACAGUUUUAACAACGCUGCCACAAAACAGGUCCCCAGCUUUGAGCUGCCAGGAGGAGUGCUGUAAUGCCUCUCCCCAGUGACAGACUGGUUACCACGUUUUGAGAAGCCUGCCUGGUGACUUUUGGUGUAUGUUCCUGCUUGAGUUCAGCUGUCUCUUUAUUUAAAGACAGGUAAACUCCAGAGGAACUGGGUUAGGAUCCAAUAAAGUUUUCAGCCUCCGUGUUACUUUUUCCUGUUAGAAAUGGUAGCUCCUCUUCAAGGGGCCUUUUGCAGAGGGAUAAAUGUGUUCAAUAGUUUUUUGGCUUUCUUCUUUUUUUAUAAACAGCACAAGUGUCUUCAGAGGCAAUGCUUGAAUUCUGGUGAGGUGUCAGGAAAGGCUUUCUGUCUUCAAGUAAGAGAUUAGUAAUGUACAAAGCGUUGACAGAACUUACUCGGGUUUAUCUAGAUGCCGCGUAACAUCUAGGGUACGGCUGUGCAGAGGAAUCGUUAACUACUGCUGGCAAGUUCUAUUUUGCUUAUUCAAAGAAGGAAGCCGCCUGUGGUAGCGUGUGCACCUGUAAGCAGUUUAGAGGUUUCAGGGAAUUAAAGCACAGUGCCCAGGUUCUCUACCAACAAUCUGGGCUUCGCCAGUUCUGCUAUGACUCGGUUUGUGUCUCUCUGCUUUUUUUAGACAUUCUCCAGUUUAUUAGAAGGGUGCAAACCUAGUUAAAUAAGAGACUACCUUGUUCUUUUUAGUCCUGUGUGCUUGAUCUGUCUUUCCCCAGCUGUAAGCAAGCUGGGGAAAUUGUGUAAUGACAUAUUUUCCAAAAUGAAAAGUUUUUGCAAAGCGUAAAACGUCACCCUUUGCAGUCAAGAUGGUAGGUGCUUUGUGUUCAAAGCUCUGUAAUGUUUUGAGUUUGGGCUGACUUGCCAAGGAGUUACUAAAGGGAAUGCUUGUGGUUUGCGCCUUCCUUAGCAGAUGUGACUGGUCUUUUUCUGAGUAGAAGAGGAAGGGAGGUCAGUUGAGUAGGAGAUUAAUUUAUUAAGUGCCUUAGACAAAGCCCUGCAAGUGCAAAACAUGAAGGUCAGACUGAGAAAUUAUGAAGAGAUUCCAUCUUCCUCUCUUCUACUUUUUGUUGCCUUCAGAGUCCCAACCCCAAGUCCAUUUAUGACUCAUCCAGUUACCAGCAGGGGGAACUCUUAUUUCAAUCAUUUUCAAGAAAUGCAAGGAGAAAAACAACAAAAAAGCAGUUCCUCUUUAAUUAGCGAUGUAACUGUACUUCUAGAGUCUUUGUGCUUACAGUAAAAGCAUAAUGUGGAAAUCAAGGUCUCCUCCAUUUUUAUUCUGCUUAAUUCUUUUUGACCAUCAGCAGAGACUACAUUCAAGCUAAGUCGUUAGAAGCUUUAAGACAAUCACCAUCUCUUCUGCAGAAUGGCCUUCAUUACAAAUAGCAUGAGUAUAAAUAAGUAUGCGCACGCCUGCGUGUGCUCUUGUCCUCCUGUAACACGAACAGCUGGCUUCCCGCACAGCAGCAGCCACCGGCAUCACGGUCGAUGUUUUUGAAAACAUUCCUGCCAGAAUUCUCCUAGGAACCUUGUCAGUUCUUGGUGGUUCCAGGGAGAUGAGAAGAGUCACGCACGUACUGAGAAUAAACAGCAGAUUACAUUGCUGCAGCGUUUGUGCCUGUUGUCCCUCCAGGAGGAACUCGCUGAUGUAUCAGCUAAGAAAGGUGAAGUUUUAUUUCAUAGCUAACUGAGACAUGGCAUCCACAGGGGGGAAAACUUAGCAGCUGCGUUCCUUUUCCUUUCAUCUUCCUCGUUUUUACGAGCUCCUUCUGCAACUCCAUCAGCAGAUGUUUAAAAAACCCCAAAUGUUUAGAGAGCACAUAGAAUAAGGUAGAUGAUACUGUAUGUGCAUAUUUUUUACAGAGGUGGAUAUAAUUGUGUACCACUGAUAAUUUUCUGGUCACAGGAUA